CUUGGCUUAGGUGAGACAGUUAUGGAAACUUUCUUGCUCUUCAGAGGAUGCUGGGGUUGGGAAGAUAAGGGGAGGUAAAGAGUGAACAUGGGGAGGGGUUGUGGGGUUUGAAAGGAACCCGAAGUAGGAGGCAUUGAUAUUUGUCGAAUGGGGACCCCCCACCCUGAGUCCCUUUCACCCUGGGGGCAGUGUCGUUCGUCCUGUCCAGAAUGGCAGCCUGUGGAGGCACCUGCAAGAACAAAGUGACUGUCUCCAAGCCAGUGUGGGACUUCCUGAGCAAGGAGACCCCAGCCCGGCUGGCCCGGCUUCGGGAGGAGCACCGCGUGUCCAUCCUCAUAGAUGGCGAGACUUCUGACAUCUAUGUUCUCCAGCUUUCCCCACAGGGCCCUCCCCCGGCCCCUCCCAACGGGCUCUACCUGGCCCGGAAGGCUCUCAAGGGGCUGCUGAAAGAAGCAGAGAAAGAGCUGAAGAAAGCUCAGAGGCAGGGGGAGCUUAUGGGGUGCCUGGCUUUGGGGGGUGGGGGAGAGCACCCUGAGCUGCAUCGCCCAGGCCCACCCCCUCUCCGAGCAGCCCCGCUCCUGCCCCCAGGGGCACGGGGGCUCCCCCCUCCUCCCCCUCCCCUGCCCCCUCCGCUUCCUCCCCGCCUUCGGGAGGAGGCUGAAGAGCAGGAGAGCACCUGCCCCAUCUGCCUGGGGGAGAUCCAGAAUGCCAAGACAUUGGAGAAGUGCCGGCAUUCAUUCUGUGAGGGCUGCAUCACCCGGGCCCUGCAAGUGAAAAAGGCCUGCCCCAUGUGCGGCCGCUUCUAUGGGCAGCUGGUGGGCAACCAGCCCCAGAAUGGGCGGAUGCUGGUCUCUAAGGACGCCACCCUCCUGCUGCCCAGCUAUGAGAAGUAUGGCACCAUUGUCAUCCAGUACGUCUUCCCGCCCGGUGUCCAAGGGGCUGAACACCCAAACCCAGGAGUCCGGUAUCCUGGCACCACCCGGGUGGCCUACCUCCCAGACUGCCCCGAGGGCAACAAGGUGCUGACCCUGUUCCGCAAGGCGUUUGACCAGCGUCUCACCUUCACUAUCGGCACAUCCAUGACCACGGGGAGACCGAACGUCAUCACCUGGAACGACAUCCACCACAAGACCAGCUGCACAGGGGGACCUCAGCUGUUUGGGUACCCGGACCCCACCUACCUGACCCGGGUGCAAGAGGAACUAAGAGCCAAGGGUAUCACAGAUGACUGAAGGAUGGCCCUUUGCCAAGGCCCCUGCCUUCUUCUCUACUAGGACCCAAUGGAAGCCUCUGUUCCCCUCUCUUCCCCUUUCCCCCCAUACCACACACGAAGGGGACCUGUCAGACUGGAGAGGGAGUUCACAGGGAAAGCAGCAGUCCCUUCUUCUGUCUCCACCUGGCCCUGCUGGCCAAGUGCUUCAGUGCCCGGAGGGCCGCUCCCUUCUGGCAGAGGCUGAUCUCCAAGGGUCUGCUCCCUGCUCCCCUCCCCUUGUACAUACUCCUGUGUCCCCGGCUCCCACCAGUGCCCUUGGCGUUUUCUGGUAUGUGCUGUGCUCCAGUAACUAAGCUGGGAAAGGACCUGGGUGGGAGGAGGGGGUCUCUUGAGCCCUUUGCUGCCACAUACUGUUCCACUGCUGAAUUUCAGGGUGGGGGAAGGAGCAUUUGGGCAGAUCUCAGCCCACCCCACCUCCAAGGAGCUGGCUUUGUAUGUUCAUUCGAUACAAUUCUCCUACCUUAACCUUCUCCUCUCUCUCCUGCGUCUCUGUCUCUGUCAGUCUUUGUCUUUCUCCCGCUCUUCUGUCCCCUAUAAAGAGCCUCCUUACCCUGUUCUGGAAUCGCCUCCAGACUGUAGCUUUUAAUUUAAUAAAAAUAAAGUAAAAUAUGCAACUCUAUGCCAC